AUGAAUAAAGAACAUUCAGAGAAUACAGCAGAAAAGGAUAACCAGACGGUACAUACGCUAACACAGGUUAAUAAGAACAUUAGUAUACAUCCAGCUAAAGGCAGCCGCAAGCCAGAGAUUAAUAAAUCGCCAAAUUACCUCCAGACCAAUUCACUCAUUGACUUUUACAUUAGACGUGGUGGCGUUCCUCCCUGGAACCACCACAUAGUGAAUUCACUAUAUGCACUAAGUGUAAACAAAGUCGACGGCCCAUAUAAUAAAAGUGUGGAAGUCAUGAGUCGAAGCGCGAUGAGGAUAAUGAAAGAAGAAAAAAUUACCUUCGCCAAGAAACAAAUCGAAAUCACCCAAUUUACAGAAAAUUCCGGGAACCAAAUGGUCAGCAUACAAUGUGACGUACUCACAGAAAUAACCUCACCCUACGUAAGACAAUGGCGCACAAAAAUUUCCGACAUCAUCCAGAUAUACAACUUGACUAAGGAUCUACGCAAAUUAAUUCGCUUCCUAGUCCCAGAAGAAGUCCAUCCCAGUCUGGAAAAGCAUCACGCUACAGAUGCGCUACUCGAUCAAGUAUGCUUCUUCUAUGAGAAAACAACACGUUUGCGCAUAGGGAUCGUACCCAAACAAAAGGACUACAUCUUCCUUCAGUGCUAUUAUGAAGCCAUUACGGUCUACACAAGACUACACAACUUCGUAGAGGUCUCUCCAGAGAUAUUCGAAGAACAACUUCGGCAGCGUUUCAUCGAAGGACUCACCUCAGAAACCAGAAAGAAAUAUCUCAUCACCAACGAUACAAAUAUUAAAGACUAUAUCAAAAAUCUAGAAGAACUAGAAGACCAAUUACUCGAUGACAUACGAAAAGAAGCAGCAUAUCGUUCAAAGAAACCAGCUCAACACAGCACAUUACCCCACAACGCAGGAGGUACUCAGAAAAUAUGGUGCGAAGAACAUCGCAAGAAAGGAUAUCACACGACAGAAGAAUGCAACCUUCGUAAGAGAAAACAAACUCAAGCAAAAAAAUAA